UGCACACCUCGGUAGGGUACCCACCUAUUUACCCCACUAAGUGACAUUACUAGGUACCUAGGUACCUGAUGUAAAGACUAAAAUCAUUAUCGAUAACGCCUUUUAGUUCUAGAUUGCAUCCACAUCUGCAUUCGCAUUGUGCCUCUCGUUUCUCCUAGAUUUCUAAGCAACGCCUAAUACUAAUUCGCAACACAUUUUGUCCACCAGACUUUUUAUUCUAGGAUUGUAACAAUUCCAGCAUUGGAAGCGUUUUGGAAGCAUUCGAACAUACAUCCUUACCAUAAUACCGUAGCAAUGGCACCCUCUUUGGAAGAGCCCGAAGCCGUCCAAGACGUUUUCGACAAUCCGCUGAAAGCACGCCCACAACUCGUCGCCCCCGAACCCGAGCACUGCCCAGGUCCCGAAUCCGAACAAGCCGGCAAGGCCGACUCGUGCGCUGGCUGCCCGAACCAGGCCAUAUGCGCGUCGGCGCCCAAAGGCCCGGAUCCCGAUAUCCCCUUGAUUUCAGAACGGCUGUCGGGAGUCAAGCACAAGAUCCUCGUCCUGUCCGGCAAAGGAGGCGUGGGCAAAAGCACAUUCACGAGUCUUCUCGCACACGCGUUCGCGACCAACGAGGACCAGACUAUCGGCAUCAUGGACACGGAUAUCUGCGGACCCAGCAUACCCAAAAUGAUGGGCGUGGAGUCUGAGACGAUACAUAUAAGCAACACGGGCUGGUCGCCGGUCUGGGUUGCCGACAACCUCGGCGUUAUGAGCAUACAGUUCAUGUUACCGAAUCGAGACGACGCUAUUAUAUGGCGCGGCCCGAAGAAGAAUGGCCUUAUCAAGCAGUUUUUAAAAGAAGUAGAAUGGGGCAACAUGGACUUCUUACUGGUCGAUACACCUCCGGGAACGAGCGACGAGCAUCUCAGCGUGAAUAGCUUUUUGAAAGAGAGCGGAAUCGACGGCGCCGUUAUGAUUACGACGCCACAGGAAGUAGCGCUUCUUGACGUAAGAAAAGAGAUCGACUUCUGCAGAAAAGCAGGUAUAAGAGUGCUGGGCCUGGUAGAGAACAUGAGCGGGUUUGUGUGCCCGAAGUGCUCGCACGAGAGCCAGAUCUUUAAAGCUACUACUGGGGGCGGCGCGGCUUUAGCAAAGGAAAUGGGCAUCCCCUUCCUAGGCGAGGUACCGCUUGACCCGAGAAUAGGAAUGGCAUGCGACUAUGGAGAGAGCUUCUUCGACUAUUACCCUGAUAGUCCGGCGUGUAAGGCACUUAAGGGUGUUGUCAGGGGUGUCGCUCGCGAGAUGGGCCUCGACGCACAAACAAUAUUACCCGAUGAUUGAGAAGAAUUCAAGUGAUUAUCAAAGCUAGCAUCUCGCUUUAUUCUUCUUAUAGGGGAACGAUCUCUAAAUAGCUACCUGGCCAAUCCCUACCUGCCAGGUUGGAAGGCAGCCUAUUCGGCGCUCAACUUGUUGGGGAUAUCUUCUAAGUCCUCCGGACUUUCCACAUCAAUUACCUUGCCGACCUCGGCCGUGUUCCGCAUUAAC